AAGACAAAAUCUCAAUUAGUGUUGAAUGUCGGGGUCCAAAAUCGAAUAAACAAAAGUAGAUAACCCAAUUUAAAGUUUCAGAAAUCCCAUCUAUAUAAGAAGCGCACCCCAAAACCCAAAAAGUCUGCAGAAAAUUUAAACAUUAUUUCUUCAAAAAUCGCUACUGCGAUCUUUCUUUCCGGUUAGAUUUUUGCUUGGAAAAUCGAAGAUGUCGACGGAAGAAGAGGAGAAUGCCGCCGAGCUCAAAAUUCCCGAUGAAUUUUUGAAGGCCAAAUGUCUUAUGAAUUGUGAAGUUUCCCUUAUACUUGAACAUAAAUAUGAGCAGCUUCAGCAGAUGGCCGAUGAUCCAUUGAAUCAAAUGUCUCAGGUGUUUGAGAAAUCACUCCAAUAUGUGAAGCGCUUUAGCCGAUACAAGAACCCUGAUGCUGUCAGACAAGUUCGAGAAAUUCUUAGCAGAUAUCAGCUGGCUGAGUUCGAGCUCUGUGUACUUGGGAACCUUUGUCCGGAAACAGUGGAGGAAGCUAUAGCCAUGGUUCCGUCCAUCAAGACCAGAGGAAGAGCGCAUGAUGAUGAGGCAAUUGAGAAGAUGUUGAACGAUCUCUCCUUGAUCAAAAAGUUCGAGUAGUCUUCUUUCCGUUAUAAGCAUGGCAUUAUGGCCAUAAAAAUAGAUAUUUUUCGGGGAAGCCGAUGAUUGUGAUAUACUCAUGUAGAAUCAAUCUUGAAACGUAUAUUUCGUAUGCUUUGAUAAUAGGAUUCUGAUCAGAGUUUAUUA